AAAGCAAGAACUGUUCCCAGAUCUCUCUCUCUUUGAUAUCCUGAGGAAGAACUAACAUAUACCCAAUUCAUAGACAAGGAUUAGACGAAGAAGAAGAAGAAGGAGAUGGGUCAUAACCAGAAGCCUUUGAUCUAUGCUUUUGUUGCUCGGGGAACUGUUAUUCUUGCCGACUACACUGAAUUCAGUGGUAACUUCAAUUCCAUCGCCUUUCAGUGCCUCCAGAAGCUUCCUGCCACCAACAACAAGUUCACUUACAACUGCGAUGGCCACACCUUCAAUUAUCUCGUUGAUAAUGGCUUCACAUACUGUAUUGUAGCGGAUGAAUCAAUUGGAAGACAGGUACCCAUGGCAUUUUUAGAGCGUGUCAAGGAUGAUUUUGCAUCAAUUUAUGGUGGCGGAAAGGCUGCUACUGCUGCCGCCAAUAGCCUUAACAAGGAGUUUAGUCCAAAGUUGAAGGAACAUAUGCAGUACUGUGUUGAUCAUCCUGAAGAGAUCAGCAAACUUGCAAAGGUGAAAGCUCAGGUUUCGGAAGUUAAAGGUGUCAUGAUGGAGAAUAUCGAAAAGGUUCUAGACCGGGGGGAAAAGAUAGAGCUUCUGGUGGACAAGACUGAGAACCUUAAUCACCAGGCACAAGACUUUAGAAACACGGGAACCAAGAUACGUCGAAAGAUGUGGCUGCAAAACAUGAAGAUCAAGCUGAUCGUACUGGGAAUUCUAAUAGCACUCAUCCUCAUAAUAGUUCUUUCUGUUUGUCAUGGCUUCAACUGUGGGAAAUAAGCAUAUCAUUGCUCCCUGAGGGCAUUUUGUCUCUUGAUAUUCCAAACUUUUUUUUUUUUUUGUGAUUAUAUUAUAGGUGAGGAAAAUAUUUUGAAUUCUUGCCAUGGCUUUGUAUGUAGUGAAUUUGGCAAAUCCCGUGUAUUGCUUUUAUUAUGCUCAAACCAGAUUGAACAUUAUAAGAAUGAAUGAUUUUUGCUAAUAUAAGUACGUUGGGAUUUUUUUUUUUU